AUGAAAGAGCGGUAUUGCUCAAAAGUUCCUCCUCAUAUGAAUAACUUUGUUGACAAGGAUGAGGAGCAGCAUCACCAUGAUCAAACUCCGAUUAAACCCUCAAGGCGCAGCUGGAGACUGGAGGAAGAGGACGGCAAUGAAACCAUUGAAACCGAAAGUUACCAAAGUUGCCAGUUUCUGUUCUCUUCUGGUCAAGAAACAUCUGAUGACGACUCAGUUAUUUCUGAUGUUACUGACCCAUCAGCAUUCGGCUUGGAUGACUCGUAUAGACUUCACUUUGGCAAUUCAUGGCGACAGGAAAGUCUUGGCACUUCAUUCCGAAUAGCAGCUCUUGGACCACUAUUUGAAGAUAUUGGUGAGAGGCACUCGUUUGAGGACCGGAACAAAGACAAGCCUCCACAACCUGUGGUUCGACAAGCAUCAUCCCGUGGCUUGAUCAUCAAAGAUGAUUCCACUUUUGACGAUCUCCCACCAGGCCAGCAGGGUAGAUCAAUCACGGUCACAAAGACAUCCAGCGCACAACUUCAAUCGAAGCCAGCAUUAUCCAGCCUACCGAAACUGGCGAAAGCCUUCGUGUUCGAUUGCCCUGUUGGUACGCAUCUGUUUCAUUUGAAGAAAUACCCAAAUACCUUUGUUGGAAGUCAAGCUGUUGACUUCAUGCUGAGUGCUGGUCUUGCUUCCACUCGUGAAGACGCAGUAUUUCUUGGACAGCGCUUUGACAAGGAGUUGAGUCUGUUCCAUCACGUGAGCUGGGAUCAUACAUUCAAAGAUGGGCGUUUUCUCUACGUAUUCAACGAAGACUUCUUCAGGAACGAGCAAUGCGGCACUUCAAGAGAGAAACCUGUUAGUGUGAUCGCGAAGUUUGCUGAAGGCAUGCAUGUUUCAAAGCACACGGGCCGUUUCUUCAAGACAUACCAGAACACCUUUUCGGGCGAGGAAGCAGUGAAGUACAUGCUACAAUCCAAAUUGGCUCUCAAUAGACCACAUGCUAUUCUUCUGGGUCAGCGGAUGAUGGAAGAGCUACAAAUCUUUCAUCCGGUUGCCCACCGCAGCCGCUUCAAGGAUUCUCAUCUUUUGUUUCGAUUUGUCACUACGGACUCUACUGCUGGUGAUUCUUCCUUUGACGAAUCAUCUGGCUCCAUGUCGUUUCAACUGGAAACCGAUUGCGUCCAGCGCAAGCAGAAUACUCGAAGGAGUAGAUUGCCAACUGCCAGACCAACGCACUUCACAGUCGAUAGAAAGCAAGGAAAUUUCAAAGUCUCGUUUGGUUUGGUCCAAAGUCGAUCCUUUGAACGUCGCCUUGACUAUAACCCAGCUACAACAUCGGGGCCGAGUUUGAGCCUCGGGUGGAGAUUCUAUGACGAGUCGCCAGUUCCACUGAGCGAUGCAAAUGCAACUGAAGCAUCCAAGCCUCAUGGAGGUAGACUAUCCAUUAAAGAUCGUUCAAAAAUCUUGAAUGAAUGGGGCUACACCACGGUGGAUAUCAACAGAGCCACUCGGCUUAACAAGAAACUCCGUCAGCGACGAAAUCAAUCCUUAAAUAACGAUCGGAUAGCCUCUAGUAUCUGA